CUUUUCUUUUUUUUUUCCUUUUGUCUCUUUUCAUUCUUGUCCCUCACCUUCUAAAGAAUUCAAGGAAUCGAUUGGGAGGAGACUUAGUCAUUUUGAAGGCUUUUUUCUCUGUCAGAAUAUCUUUUCUCUUUGUACAAUUUUUUCUUCUUCGUUUUUUUUCUUUUUCCAUUUUUUUUUUCUUUUUUUCAAAUUUACAAUCUCGAUAAUGAAAUCAAACAACAAGGAGUAUAUCAUCGAAAUGAUCGAAUUUAAGUGCGCACGCGCGCUCACUAUUACUGUUGCUAUGUUUUUCUUUGCCACAUCGUCAAGAGAAGCCACGAGCUCUCGAACGAGAGCCAUGGACGGACUCCCACCGUAUCUCUCUAGCAGCGUGCGCGUGUUUUUUUGUCACAUCAAAUCAAACGUCAUAUGCAUACCACGUGGAUGAGAAGGGACGAGGAAUGCAUCAUGGGCGACAUCUAUCGGCGUUUGGGCUAACUGUCGUGUCAUAUCAGUGGUUAUCAACUUUUCGUUUCUCUCUCUCUCUCUCAUGCACACACACACACACUCUCUCUUUUUUUCUUUCACACUAUAUCUGUACUUUUUCAAUAAUAUUUACAUUUAAGUGAGGCACGUUUCGAUAAUCUUAUUUCUUUACUUUUAUUUCUUUCAACGUUCACGUAGUUAAUCAUCAACCCCCUAUGUAUAUCUUUCUUCCUCUAUCAGCGAUAACUAGCGAAUAGUCUGAAAGAUACGUCGUAUAAGCAAGGGUCAAUGCUAUUCGACACCUGUUACGAGAUACCAAGCCCCAUUCGUUUCCCCGCGAAAUCCGUAGCAUAGUAUGUUAUCGUGAUAAAAGAAAGAGAAAGAUGAGAGAUGAAUAGAAGUGCGUUUGUCAUGCGGGGGGAACCCGCAUUGCUUGCUCGAUCAGAGUUCCACGAGUUCCCCGAGUAUAACAACGAUUCCUCUGUCCCUCUGUCCCUCCGCUCGUUCGUUUUCUCUUUCUCUCUGUCUCUGUUUCUCUCUCUCUAUCUCUCUCUCUCUCUCCCUUCAAAGUCCGACUCGAUCAUCCAUUCCGACGAUGACUUCUUCCAGAGCGGUAGGUAGGGGAAAACGUCUGACGUCAUUCACCAACGUUCUGUCAGCAAGCCGACCCUCUGAGUCACGUCGUGUAUCGUUCGCUCGCUUUCUUGCCUCUAAAAGAGUAUCUAGAGUCGGCAAGGUCUUCACGGUCAUACUAUCAUGGUUGUUGAAAGCUGUCGCUCUCUAGAAACUUAGGAAAUUAUUUGAAAAUUACUAUGAGGAAACGAUUUCUUUUAGAAAAGUCUUUUGAAAGCUUUCGAACAGGCCUCGUCGACUAUAUCAUUAGUUGUGCAAUGAUGGGUCUGCAGGCCACGGCAGGAAAACGUAAACUGGAGGGAGGUGUGGGCUGCAUGGAGUUCGACAUGGACAUGGGCGAAAGCCCAUCGAAGUUAGGUCGCGUAGAGGGUAGCUGGUGGGCGAUGGAAGACGGCUACGCACCAUCGCUCAGCCAGACGCCAGCAUCUUAUUAUGAUAUGGAGGUGUCGUCGCCCUGCUUGCAGGCGAAUCCCUGUCAACCGACAUCAGGGAGUACUCAACAACAACAGCAACAACAACAACAGCAUUCAACGUCGCAGCAACAGCAGCAGCAACACUCGACGUCUCAACAGCAACAGCAACAGCAGCAACAACAACAGCAACAACAGCAGCAACAACAAUCGUCAACGUCACCGUCGGCACCGAAUGCCUCAACGGUGGCACAGCUGCAUCAUCACGCGCAACACUAUUAUCAUCAUCAACGCGGUACCUCUGGUAGUCCAAUCGGUAAUAAUGGUUACAGUCAGUUGUCGAGGCCUCAACCUCAAUGGGGCACUCCCCAUCAUUACGAGCCGCCAACGAUAAGACGCGAAGAAAACGGAAAGAGCUAUCUCGAGUUGGGUUCGAGUUACCGCGCGAACGAGAGGUGCUGCGAGGGCUCGAGGUCGAGUUGGUGUCGACGAGGUAGAGCUUGCUAUCGGCAAAGACGGUUAGCCGUCCUUAAUAUCUCGAUGUGCAAACUGGCGAGGUACCGUCAGUUCCCUGAUCCGAGUCUUCAUCGGUCGGUCCUCAUUUGCAAUACCCUGAGGCACUUGGAACGUGAAAUGGAGAGGGAUAGGAGUCCACCGCCUAUGGAACCGGUGAUACCCGCACCUAUGGCACAGCUUCAACCACCUGAACAGGGCAGGCUAACCCCUUUCCCGAUGCCACCGACUUCCUCCGGUGAGACGGACGCGGACUCGGGUAUCGGCGAUAGCGACGAUAGUAGAUCGAUCAAUUGGGGUAGCGUGUUAUCUCUUUCCAGUCAGUCGCCUCUCGAUCCACUCAAUAAUAACGAGCUUCUAGACGUCGACAUCGGUCCAGACUUGGAUCUGGAUUUUAUGCCUGGAUGGAAACUGACUCCUUUAUCGGCGGAUGAUAUUCUUAGGAGUACGACAAUACAGGAACAGCAGCAGCAACAACAACAGCAACAACAACAACAACAACAACAGCAACAACAUCAUCAUCACCACCACCAUCAUCAACAGCAGCAGCAGCAACAACAACAGCAGCAGCAGCAACAACAACAACAACAACAACAUUUAACCUCAUCGAGCUGCGGCAGCACAAAUGUGGGUGGUUCAGCUGUAAAUAACGCCAGCAGCAGUAGUACGCACGAAUCGUUAAUGUGCGUAGGAUCAUAGCCCCCAAUAUUAACGUCGUUGAGUCAUCUCAUCGAUUUCUAUCCCCUGACACCGCAAGGCAAAUAAAGAGAGCGGCUGCCACGGGUCCCCUCCAUACAGUGAGACAAUGAAAGAAAGAAAGAGAAACACACGGGUCUCUUAUUCGAGCCGUUCGGUCCCGUCCUUAAACUUGUGCCUCCAUCAACUAACAUCGUCAUUGUCGAAUAUGUCUCUCGUUUGCUCGCGUCAAUUACGAGCUUCUAACGGAUAUGAUGUCCGUUCGGUGAGCUAGAGCAUCGAAGAGAAUACUAGGACGAAUCGUCGUCGAUCGCGUUGAAAAACGCAUCGAACGGCUGUCGAGGAUGUACGCGGGACCGAGCUAAAAUGUGUGAACGUGAGGAAGAUAGAAUGAUAAAGUGUGAUAGACAGAAGACGGAGAAAAAAAAGCAAAAGAAUCAGAGCUCUCAACGUCCACGCCCCCGGGCCGGCGAUGCGGUAGACGAAGAGAGUAGCCGAAGGAAAGAAAGAGAAAGAGGUAGAGAAAGAUCGUCGGACACCUUCCAUUCUCAGUCGAUUGCGAUGGGUGCUGACGAAAAUCCAGAGCCUUUUACCUAACUCCUUCUCUUCUUCCUCUUCCACCUUCUCUGCCUCCUCCUUCUCCUCCUCCUCCUCGACCUCUUCCUCCUUCUCCUCCUCCUUCUCUUCUUCCCGACAACUCGAAAGUCCCAGAAGAAUCGAUAAGACGUGGUAUCGCUCGCCUAGCCGGCCGGCGUUGAGAACUCUCUCGUCGAUUAAUCGUACGUCGCACGAAGAAGCAGAAGAAAAAGAAGACGAGACACGUGACCCCCUGUGGCGAAAAAAGGGGUGUGUACGCGAGAACGAUCACGACCGCCGUGGCCUAUAUCUUUUAGAGACGUCCUACGUACGACGCAUGGAUGAGAUAAUUAAUAGAAACGGACACGCGUGUAUGCGUGCGUGCAUGCGUGCGUGCGUGUGCGCAUGCCCGCGCGCGCUCAUUUCUCAACGCUUAUGGUGCUAGGGGUUGCGCUAGCCGAAUUAUUGGCUACGAAACCUGGUGCUCUUUCUUUAUUGCGCAGAUGAAAAACGAAAGAGCCGAACUGUCUCUCUUUUUUCUUACCUUCUCUCUUUAUUUCUCUCUCUCUCUCUCUCUCUCUCUCUCUCUCUCUCUCUUUGGCUCUCUGUCUUUCUCUCUUUCUCUAUAUCUUUAUCUAUCUAUCUAUCUAUCUAUCUAUCUAUCUAUCUCUAUCUAUCUAUUUAUCUAUCUCUUUCUCUCCCUCUCUCUCCUUGCUCAUUGACGAGUACUCAGACAACUCUUCGCGUGAACAUCUUGUUGCGUCUCCCCGAGUCAACGGUAGUUUAAAAUGACAAGGAUCGUGAUUUUCGAAUGUUGAUCGAGAAAGGAAGAUAGAAAGAAAGAUAAAAAGAGGGGGGGGAUAAAAGAAAGAGAGAGGGAGAAAGAGAGAGAGAGAAGGUCGGACGAGGCGUGUACUCCUUAUGAAUCCCGCCUGCGUUCCGACGCGCGACGCUAAACAAUUACGUACCUGCACAUUUUAGAGAUCGGGAUAAUAUAAAGUUGUUCCCUCUUGGUAGGUGUCGCUCGCGAUGGCCACCCUCGCGCCACUGAUCUCCCCAUAAUGUAUCAUAAUGUAUGUAUGUAUGUACACACGUAUAUAAACCAAGCGUGGCCCGCUUGCCGCUUACCGGAGGGAAGUAAGCUCGCUCGAUAAAUGACGAAACGAGGAGGAUGUGUACUCGUCUCUGUGUCUCUCUCUUUCUCUCUCUUUCUCUCUCUCUCUCUUUCUCUGUUUUGGCGAGGAUGUAGACUCUCAUUCUUGCGAUAUUACGAAGAACAAAGAAUAAUAUCUUCAUCUUUAUCCUUAUUAUCUUGUUCCACAUCUUCGUCGCUCGCCGAAAUCGUUUAAAUUCGUAAUCGUUUUGAAAUUUCUUUUUUGAUCGAUUUUUUUGUUUCUCAUGAUAAUUUUUCUAAAUUUUCAUAUCGAGCGACAUUGAGUUUGUCGCGUUAAAUAUGAGAAGGAAGAGAGAGAGAAAGAGAGAGAGGGAGAUAGCGAGAAAGAGAAAAGGAGAGGGAGAAACAGGGAGAAAGAGAGAGAGAGAGAGAAAAGGGGAAGGAGAAAGGGAGAAAGUGAGAGGGAAACAGAGAAGGAGAGGUAGAGAAAAAGGAAAAAAAUACAGAGUCUCGUUCGAUAGGAAAGAACAAUCGAACGCAGAUGAUAUUUGUUUUUAACCGGUCGGUAUGUCGUUCGUAAAGAAGAUAAGAUG